CAUUUAUGAAAAGGGCAGGAAUGAUUGGUGAUGUACCGGAGAGAGACGCACCUGAAGCAGCAGAGGGGCGACUUACCGGAGAGGAGCGCGCACCUGAACUGCGGAUAACGGUGCAUCCGGACUGGGGAGCGCACGCAUCUCAACACUGAAAUAUCAUUAACCACAAAAAAAAGACAUCGGAGGAAAACGGUGAACAUGAAACUCCACAAUGUUCCAAAUCAAACUCUUUGAUAGCGAGUCUCGUUCGUUGAUCGCGACAGUAACAGCUGAAUAAAAGGAGCGGCGAACAAAGAAUGAAAGAGAAAGAUGAAUCAAGGUGUUUGUGAAUGGAGACAGCGCUGCUUGGAGUCUCACUAUGAUGUACUACACUGGCUGUCCUAAACGAAGAAGGAAAAAAAAACACGCGAGUUAUGCUGGAGUUCAAAUUAAUUCCAUGUUUUUAUUUUAUAAACACAGAACAUAUGGUUCGGAGAGUUUAAUUUUGCAUCAGUAAGCGAUGAGUUUAAACCGGAGUUAUCUCUGGUAGUCGAUGUGGAGGACAUGAAAAGUUAAAAUGAAAGCUUGAGAAGCCUUCUUAAAAGUAAGAUCACGAAGGAAACAUGUACCAGGCUCUGAUGAAUAUGAACUGAAAAUGUAGGCUAAAUAUAUACCGCGGAAUCAUGACUGAAUGGAAACUGAAUGGAAGAUAACGGGACCUGUUGAUCGGCCCCGGUCAUUGCCAUUUCCUGCGUUUUUCUUUAAUGGGAAUAUCACCCUUAAACACGUGAUGUGGAUUUGUGUACAAACUUAUGCCAACUUCCACUGAACUAAGUGUCCGUGUGUGACAAGAGAAUCAAAUGGUUUUACGGAUCCGGCGAGUGCUAGACACCGAGGUCGGCUCACAGGCACCGCCCGUCUCCCACUCGGAAGGGGAUCUGAGGAUGUCCGAAGGCAGCCCCCCUCCGCUAAUAAACGCUUCUGCCGCAGAUGAGGGCACGGAGGACCCCCGGUUCCCAUGGGCGGUCUCUGUAUUGGCCACCGUCCUCAUCACCACUAUUGUAGUAGAUAUUUUGGGCAACUUGUUGGUGAUUCUCUCCGUCUUAAGAAACAAAAAACUCAGGAAAGCAGGAAAUGCCUUCGUGGUGAGUCUGGCUGUGGCAGACUUAGUGGUGGCCAUCUAUCCCUACCCCCUGGUCCUCUCCGCGAUCUUCCACAACGGCUGGAUCGCCGGCUACAUCCACUGUCAGAUCAGCGGCUUCCUCAUGGGCCUCAGCGUCAUCAGCUCCAUCUUCAACAUCACCGGCAUCGCCAUCAAUCGCUACUGCUACAUCUGCCAUAGCCUCAAGUACGACAAGCUCUUCUCCAACAAGAACACCGCGUGUUACGUGGUCCUGGUUUGGGUGCUGACCACGCUGGCCGUCAUCCCCAACUGGUUCGUAGAGUCGCUGCGCUACGACCCGCGGGUAUACUCCUGCACGUUUGCGCAGUCGGUCAGUUCUCUGUACACCAUCACUGUGGUGGUGGUCCACUUUAUCCUUCCCAUCAGCAUCGUCACAUACUGCUACCUGCGCAUCUGGGUCCUGGUCAUCGAAGUCCGCAAGCGCGUCAAGCCCAACAACAGGCUCAAGAUCAAGCCGCACGACUUCCGCAACUUCCUCACCAUGUUUGUGGUGUUCGUGCUCUUUGCCGUCUGCUGGGCGCCCCUGAACCUCAUUGGCCUGGCAGUGGCCCUCGACCCCCGGCUGGGUCUCGCCAUCCCGGGCUGGCUCUUCACCUCCAGUUACUUCAUGGCCUAUUUCAACAGCUGCCUGAACGCAGUCGUCUACGGUGUACUCAACAGCAACUUCCGCAAGGAGUACAAGCAGAUCGUGCUGACCAUCUUCAGACUGCGCUGCUAAGGGGCCGAGGGCAUUGGCCAGCGACUGACUGGAUCAGAAUAGGGAACCAGGGCUGAAUUCAGGCAUAGGCAAACUAGGCAUCUGCCUGAGGGUCCUGACAAAGUUACCAUAUACAUCAAAUGUAAAUGUUUAUGUGCAGGCAGAAACAUGGCCAGUUCUGGCUAGAACUGAAUUACGUGCGUUGCAGCGAAUGUGAAGUGACAGUGCUGGGGAAGUUACUCACAAAAGUAAUCCAUUACAGACAGAGGUGGAAAGUUCAGGUCAAGAAAGCACAAAUCCAGACCAAAGUUUUGUUUCAACCAACCAGUUGAAUAUAAAGAGUCACAGUCACAGAGUACUUGGUUGGUUGGGAAAAAAAAAAAAACAUGGUCUGGAUUUGUACUUUCUGGGCCUGAACUUUUCAUCUCUGUCUUUUGUAGAAGCUUCCCCAACACUGUGAAAUGAUAAGCAAUUUCUGGGUAUCAGGGCCUCCCAAGUAUAGCUUUGCCUGAUGUUCCUGAAAAGGUAUAUCUGGUCUUGCAGGGAAUAACUGAAUGUAAAUAAAAAUAUGCAUUAUUGAUCCAAGCUGAUUCAUUGACACCAUGGAGCGUUUUGAAGCUGCUCUCCAGAAUUGCUCACUGAAAUUUACUAUAUGUGAAGAUGUGUGUCCUUGUGUGUCUGUGUAUUUCUUAUGCAAACACAGUUCUUCUGGAAGCUGAUGAUUGCUACUCUUCCAAAGAAACAUUUCUACGUUAUUAAUCAAUAGGGUUGAUCAAUAGGAUGCACAUAUUUAGAGGCGAAGAAUAAAAGGCCGUCACAAUUAGAAAGAGCUCAUAUCUUGCUAAACUUACCUCUUGACACUUUGUGUCCUACACUGCAGAGAUUUGUCACAUCUGAACAGCAGUUCAGACAUUCACAGUUGAUUUAUUACUUACCGUGUGUGGCGUGAUCUGUGAUAGUUAUCCGUGGGCGGCGAAAUUCAACGUGCAAGCUGUCAGAGCAACAACACGGCUACAGGUGUCGUGGAGAUGCAGCUGACAGUCACUCGUCUGGUUUCACGGGUGUUUCUGCGGCCAACGGCACCGGUCCGAUGGGUCCCCUUAAAUGUGCCAAACCCUGAUUUACCAGGUUCAGAGACUCAAAAACCAGUUUGCUCUUUGCAUGUUCAAGGAAUCCACAAACACAGGGAGGAUCCUCCAUUAGAAUAUCACAGUCAGUUAAGGUGGAGAUUCUGUGAACGAUUGUGAGAGUUCCCAGAGUCGCUUAUUCUCCGGAACUUGUUUGUUGUGGUUGUAGCACAAACAAAUGGUUUCACUAAGAAAUACACCCUGAGCAGCAGGGAGAUACAACUGAAAUCACUCGUUUUGUCACAAUUAUCAAAUUUGCGUGACCAGGUCGGCUGUCCCACAAAAAAAAAAUGGACAGAUUAAAAUAACUUGGCUCUCGGCAAGUUUAUGGCAUGGCUGAGUUCAUUAAAGUAAUAAAAAACAGAAAAAGCCACCUAUAUGCAAUCAAAUUAUCAAAUUAUACUGUUACGGGUUUCCUGCUCCAGGACGCAUAGCAAGCAAACAACAACCAACCAACCAAAACAAAAUGAUAGAUGCCCCCUGGACCUUAUUUUUUAAUUAUCCAUAUAA